AUGCUAAAUCCUGAUUGGCUUUCGUAAGUAAUCCAGUAGAAAAAACUUAACUCUUGCUCGAGAGACUCUAGGUGCUAAAUAAAUGGUCGGUAGCGCAAUCUGACGAGGAAUGUGGCAAGCAGCACUUUUUAUUUCUCGUAUACGGUCAAGUGGAGUGUACUAAUUUAUCGAAAAUAAUCACGGAUACGACUCUGCUCCGGUCUCGCAGUUUCACACCGAACGAGGCGUACAAUAAUCCACAUAAAUGAGCUGAAUCUUGCGAAAAUGAGCUCGCUACAGCAAGGAAACAGAUUCCUGCCGUUCUCCAACAACAAUUUACAAAGGAAACAAUUGUCCAUGCAAGGGGGCCUUCCUCAAAGUUUGAGCGGUAGCGAGACUGACGUUUCCACAUCCAACGAAAACCUGAGCAACGAAGAGAGAUAUGUCAUACGACAUACGGCUCGACAAGAACCGCAAGGUCAGGAAAAUCAACAGCAGAGUCCCUCCAGAUCUUCCAGUCACAAGGAAAACAUACCAAAUAUUCAGGGCAAUCUACAUAACAGGAACAGUCUGAAAGAUAGCUUGAACGGCUCUAACAGGAACAGUCUGAAAGAGAGCUUGAACGGCUCCAAUCGGAACAGUCUCAAGGACAGCAUCAAUGGAUCCAAUCGGAACAGCUUGAAGGACAACUUGAGCAAUCGCACCAGUGGUUCCAACAGGAGCAGCCUGGAUGUCUCCACGAGUUCCUACAACACAUUAAUUAUACACAACGCCAACGACGACAGUUCAUGGAUACCGUCUGGAAGGUUAUCGGGUAUAGUGAGGGAACACGGAGAUGUGGGUUACUUAUAUUGCGACGGAAAGGGCCAUUCCAACAGUCCCACGAUACAGUCCUUGUCCAACCUGCCGCACGAGGAUUACGUCCAUGAACAAUCUGGUGGUGGUUGCCAAGAAAUCACAGAUAUCCCGGAUGAUUAUCUUAAUCAGUCUCAGGUCUUGAAACAUUUAGCGAAGGAGGUAAAGGUGCCGCCGUAUUCUAACAGUGGCAGUCUAGAGAUGAGAUUAGGAGAGAUGAGAAUAAGAGACGGCGGCGACAGGGGGAAACAGAACAAUAGCGAGUACGAAGACAGGUCGACACCGUGCUAUGUAUCCUCGAUAUUUAAAAGCAAACACCGGCUCUUCGGGCCAACGGAGAAGCUAACUGUAUCGCGAUCACAGCCAGAUCUAUCCAGGAUCAACAAGGUGGACAUCGAUAAUUACAAUCUUCGAACAACAUCGCCCCGACCGCAGACCAAAGGACGGGAAGAGUUGGAAAGGAAGAUGGGCGAGCUCUGGCCAUCGUCGGAGAUGAUUCAGUUAGUAAUCCAAGAGAACAGCACGUUGAAACUCGAGCUGAAUCACUGCUACAACAAGGUUGCCAAGACGCAGAAGUUGGAGCAGGAGAUAGCGAAGGUGCAUCGUGUCCACGAGGAGCUUGCGGCGUCCUGCGAGCGACGGGAGAAGCUGGAGCGUGCCGCUCGAAUGAGGUUGCAAAACGAAUGCCGUCGGCUGACCGAGCUAAACCGCGCGUACAGAGAUCAGAUCGACCUGCUGUCCGCGCGUACGGACAGCCCGUCGGUCGUUGAGACAGUGCGAAAGGAAUUGACGCAACGCGAGCUACUCAUCGGACAGCUCAUCACUCAGAAUAAAGAAUUGACCGCUGCGAAGGAGAGACAGGAGAUUGAGCUGGCGGCCCAACGGGCGACUUUGCAGGAGCAACGUACGCACAUCGACAUUCUGGAUACCGCGCUGACGAACGCGCAAGGCAAUGUCGUGCGGCUGGAGGAAGAAUGUCGAAAGAAGCAAGUUUACGUGGAGAGAGUGGGUCAGCUUCAGCGGGCCUUGUCUUCGCUUCAAGCGUCUAGCGAUAGACGAGAAGAGACCGAGAGACAACUGAGAGGUCAGCUGGAAAGGGAGUUGCGCGAGGGUGGCGGAGGAGGCGGCGGUGGCAACGGCAACGAGCAGACGUCCAACGGCGAGACGAUCGCGGAGCUGAAACGACGGUUGCGCGAACGGGACGAGAAGAUUAUGUCGCUCGAGGGCGAUGUCGCAAAGUGGGAACAACGCUACCUCGAGGAAAGCGCACUGAGGCAAGCGGCUAUCGAUGCUGCCAGCUUGCCAAAAGACGCGAAAAUCGCCGCUUUGGAAAAGACCAGUCAAGACGCAGAGAAAUUAAUCGCCGAGGCUCGCUCGGAGAAGAUGAGACACAUGGACGAGGUGCACGCAGCACAAAAGAAAUUGGCUGAUCUCGAAUCUAGAAUGAAGGAUUUAGAGUCCAAGCUAGCCGAGAGAGAUGCCAUGAUCAGGGUGCUGCAAAAACACACGUACGACAAAGCGGACAGCAGUAGCAGCAGCGGCGUGGGUAGCUAUCCUGCCGCGCAUUCCUCUCACUCGAGUACGUCGGCGGAUCAUCACACCGUGCUGACGAGCACGCCGGAACUUGUGAGCAGCGUACUCGGCGGUGGUAGCGGUUACGGCAGUACCGGCUCUUACGGGGUUUCCGACAGUUAUAAGUAUAGAAAGCAGGGCAGCUUUGAGCAGACUAAUAAGAGUCUCGAUGAUCAACUGAAAGAGCUAGACUCUCAGCUGCUUAGCAAGCGGGCACUUUGCUGUUUUCCAGGAUUCUCUAAUCCAGGCACUACGUCGAGAAAAGGAAAAAUACCCAAGCCACUACUGGCGGGUGUAGAUAGCACAGGUACCUCGAGCACCGCCUCGAGCAAGAGUCGAUUGCUGGACGACUCGUCCGGCAGCGGCGGCGACGUGGUGUCGUCGAGCAUAAUCGAGUUCGCAAAUGCGGCGGCCAGGCUCAAGGGCACGAUCUCGCGACUGUCGGACGGCGGUAGCGGUAAGCCAACCGAGGACAUGAUGUUGCUCGAGAAGCAGGGCAGAAGCUCGCAGCGGCAGCGGAUGGCAGCGGAAGUGGGCGGCGAGCCACGUCGCGCCGGCAGUCUGCCGCCCAGCUCGUUGCCGCGACCACCGAGGGCACUCAAGGCGACCAGCGCCAACUCCCGCUACUGCCGUCUCAGCGAUACGGAGACGCGCAAGAAGUCGGACCCCGGAAUGCUGGACACGUCAUCGGUCGCGAGUGGCAGCGGCAAGAUGGUGCGCGAUUCCUCCGGCAAUUGCAGCAGCAUCGAGUACGGCAGAUUCGACACCGGUGCCGCCGUCGCCGCCAAGGCAUCGCGCAGCAAGAAGAAGACCUCCGUGGAAAGCCUCAUGAAGAAAUCGUCGAUCGGCGGCGGCGGCGGUCACGAGUACGAGAGGCUCCAAUCCGACACGAUGAUGGUCAGCAAUCGCAACAAGUCCUUGGUCGGCGGUAAUCUUUGCGCGCUGGAGUCGGCGGUGAGGCACAGGGAGAUGCAGAACCGAUCCUUCAUCCCGCCGCCACCGUCGUCGUCCCGUAGCCGCAUCGGCGAGUACGGUCGGCUGAGCGACGGCGAAUCCUCGGUAGCGGCGGCGGCGGCUGCUGUCCUCAAGGGUGGCGGUAACACCUUGAGAAAGCAAACGGGAGCAGGUGCCUCCUCCCGCGGACAGAGCACCGGCAGUACCGUCAGCAGCAAGAGCGGCCGCGACUCCGGCGGAACCGCCAGUAGCGAGGCGUCCACGGCCUCGCUGCCGCCGACCAAGGCGAGGUCGAUACCGCGUCCCAGCAACUACCGCAUCCAAUUCUAAGUAGCCCGUAUUUAUGCUUGUACGCCGAGUGUGUAGCCGAGGGGCUGAGUGUGUGGCCGAGGGGCUAGUCUCGAAGCGCCUUUUAAAAGGAUAAGUGUCUCUGAUUCGUUUUUCCGAUGGUCCCCCCGCCCCCCCUCUCUCUCUCUCUCAUAGCAAUAAUUGCGAUUCGAGAGACAGAGGAUUAACGCUAGAAGUAACCGGUUCACGUAUCUCGAGAUUACCACUUGGCACGUUUCGAUGACCAGCCCUCUUGAGACGAGAUUCGAGCGCAACGAUAGACAUAAAUGCGGGCACGGGUGUCGUUAGCACGAGCGUCCCAGAACAAGUACAAGUUUUCGCGAGACGAUCGUCGACGUUUCUCGUAGAGUCUCGUUAGAACGUAACCACGAGCUUACGAUGCGGAGAACGGCCAUAACGGGGAAGCGCCUAAGCCGGCGCGUCGCGCCAUUACGAUUACUAUUCAUUAUUUAGUAAGCCAAUCAUCACGCCAGGCCAUAACGGAUACGAGCACCACGACCUAUAACUAACGUAGCGACGUAGUAUAUGACCUAGUCAUUACCAAAGUAACUCUCGAUAGAAUAGGAAAGAAGAAUUGUGUCUUCCCCCGAUAUCGCAUCUCGCGUGUAGCGGCCUUUUAGGGGGAUUUAAUGCGCAACCCCCAAGUGCCAAGUGCCUUUCUCGCGGAUCGCGCGCGAGUAAUUUCGAUUCCUCAGCUCCGAAAGCUUGAUCCUGUGGAUUGAUAUAAUCAGAUCUGGGCACUGAGAACAAAGAGGGAGAGACCGAGUCGCGAAUGGGAUGACACGGUCCCACACUCGCGCGUCUCUCCUUUCUUUUCUCGAGCUUGUACAGAGAUACGCACGGUACACGUAACGCGCACACGCUCGAUACAGAGACGAUACUUCUUUUCGCGUAGCUUUACUGUAAUGUAACAAUCCUUCCUGGAGAUCACGUAGGUAUAGAAAAUCGGAUUCUCUCAUUUACCUAGCUGUUAUUUUAACGUUUACUAUUUUUUUAGGGCGCGCGACGAUUAAGGUAGUCUCCCCGCGCUUAGAAGAAAAAACGAAGCGAAUAAACGAACAACGCCAAAGUAUAAAACUUAUAUAUAUAUUAGUCUUGCGAUAUAUCCAUAUGUCAUUAUACGUGUCUGCGUUCUGCCACAAUAUUUGUAAUCCGCCGUAUCCCGAUCGAGACAUAUGAAACGACAAAAGAUCCCUACGACUGUCAAAUGAUGACAUUUCUUAUUCGAGGUCUCGACUGGUUCGACAUACUUUUUCGACACGUUGACAACGGCACACUUGUAAUUUAUUCAUUAAUUUAUCAAUCUCUUGAAUCAGUUUCCUUGAUUUCCGCAAGUAUGGAAGUACAUCGAGCGAAUUACAAGAGAAAAAAAAUAUAUCGCAGAACAAUUAUAUAGAUAUAGAUAUAUAUAUAUAUAUAUUAUACAUGGUAAUUCUUAAUUAUGUAUUAAUACUUGACAGGGUGAAAAUUCUUUGUUAUUUAAAUUGAAGUUUCGUCAGUCCUUACUCCCGAGUGCUGCCAACCGAAGGUUGGCAUUACGGAGGGAGUAUGUAUUUAACCGAAACGACUUUUUCGAUGUCAACCUUUUUCCAUUUACUUUCUUCUUAAUUUCAAAUUGCAUUUCUUUCUCUUCAAUCAAAUUUAUCUCUCAUUCUUUUAACAUUAUCUAAUACUGUGUUACGGCCUAGAGUGUUCGCAACUCUUCUCGAAAAAGAGAAAAAUUUCCGAGUUAUAAUAAUGAAGGAAAGUACUCGCAAACUGGAAACAUGUGUUACGGCCUCUAAAUUCACCCUCUGAAAUACGAAUACUUAAUUGAGAAUCAUCCUGUAUGUCAUAAAUGUCUCCUAAUAUAAUUCACCGUAUUUAUUUGUGUUAUAUAUUUUGAGAUUAGUUGUCUAAUAUAUGCAGCACGCGUACGCGCUUAACGUAUAGUUCUGUUUUCCCCUUCCCCGAUAUGUGUAUACAUAAAGCGUUUGAUGUAAUGCGGCUAAAUUUUCUUUCAAACUUGUAACAUAUGGGCCGAUUGUGAUUUAGCGAAGCUAUGAUACGCGCGAUUAGGAUGGAGCUCUCUAUGAAGAAACAAAUAAGCGUUAUAAUGUAGCUGCGUAUAUCGCCAAGUUUGGAAUAGUUUGCUUUCUCGUGAGCGAUACGUAAAAUAACCCGGCGAACGAAUCGUGAGACAAGAUCGCGCAUAUAUGCUACAUGAUACCGUGAAGGUGAUGAUGCUGAUAGAUAAUCUUGCAUUCAACAACAUAAAAUAUUUUCUUUCUCUCUUUUCCAGUCGCGCAAAAGUUGCGAAUCGCAACCGAUCGGCUUCGCUUCUCUAUCGAUCUCGUUCCCGUCUUUCCACCGCUGUACCGUGCGGGGAGAGACGGGCAGGCGAAACGAGGAUAUCGCGAGGAACCAAUGUGCCUUCCUACGUAUGCAAGAAUACCAAAUUGCAACGUCACCAAAGAAACAAAAGAGCGAAAGCGAGAGCUCGCGAGCUCAUUACCUGCGUGUCCACAUAAAUGAUUUAUCGUUCCUAUAAUGUUCUCGCGCGUGCGUGCGCAAACUAAAGCGGGACUUGGACUCGAAAGUGCGCGAGGCACUUUCGUGAGAGAUUAUACUCCUCCUUAAAUCGGGUGGCGGUGCUCGAACGUAAACGCCGUCAGAUCGCUCUCUAUUUUUAACACGGCCGUUCGCUUCGCGACAAUCCGUUCCGAUCAUUCAUCGUCAUACCCGUUACGGUGAUCAUUCUUCAUCGAGACUACUACUACUUUAUCGAAUAAAGUCUGUGGUUUCGAUAGCUUUACCGUAUGCGCUCUUACCAGUUGUACAAUCCGUAGAGCUUUCCAAGUGGCCUUGCGAAAAUCGCCUUUGUCGAUCUGCGAAAGAAGGUGCGCGCGUCGAUUGACGCCCUAUCUCUUGCGGGUUGAUUAAUAACGAAUAUCUCUUCUUCUCGAUAUUUUGUACUCGAAAGAAUGCUGGCAGUUUUGCUCGAUGUAAAAAGAAGAACGUUUGAAUUACAGCCCCUCUUGUAAACU